AUGGCAUCUUCACCCAUAAAAUAUACCGAUGGGACGACCCCUUGUGAGGGUGCGGCAGCACCAGAGGUGCUCAGUUACUCUGAAGAUGAAGAAGACGAAUGGAUGCCCUUCCGCCGUUCUGCCCCCGACUCUGCCAAGGCAGAAGACGGCUGGAACCUCGGCGGAUUCGUCUCUCCUUUUCAGUGCGUCUUUCGCCACUGCACACCUGAGGAUAUUAUGAUGGUGCUGUAUUCUAGCUUGGGCUGCGGUGAUGGCCGCUUCAUCAUCGAGUGCUGCCGCCUCACGAAUUGCGCAGGUGUGGGGGUGGAGCUCGACUCAUCUUUAUUUGAAAGAGCGAAGCGAAACGCCAAAAGAAUUCCAGACAUCAACGCCAAAUUUUUGCAGCGGGAUUUGAUGGCCCCGGAUUUGGACCUGUCGGAGGCGACGGUGAUGUGGGUUUCCUCCCCUUAG